GACUGGCAUCUGCAGCAGGGCACUGGUCUCUCAGGCAUGGGAUCCUGGGUAUCCUUCUGUUGGGGCUACAGCAGCAGCUCCUCCUCUCCCCUCCUCUCUGAAUCAUAAAGCCAGACCCUGGUCCUAUUGCUCAACCCCCGGCUGCCCAGUUCCUGCAGGCACCGCCUGACCAGCCUGCCUGACCCUCUCUGUCCUGCAGUGCAAGGGCAAGAUCAGAUCUUGCGGCAGGUGCCCUGUAGGCUGUCCAGGGCUGGGGGUACAUGGAGCCUCUGUGGCUACUGGUCCUGCUGGCCAUCACAGGGCUGUCCUGUGCCCACAACGUCACGGUGUUCCAGGGCGUGGAGGGCCAGUCCCUCCGGGUCUCCUGUCCCUACAACUCCGUGGAGCACUGGGGGAGGCGCAAGGCCUGGUGCCGCCAGCUGGGCGAGAAGGGCCCGUGCCAGCGUGUGGUCAGCACGCAUGCCUGGUGGGUGCUGUCCUUCUUGAAGAGGCAGAAUGGGAGCACAGCCAUCACGGAUGACACCCUGGGUGGCAUCCUUACUGUCACGCUGCGGGAUCUUCAAGCCCACGAUGCGGGCCUCUACCAGUGCCAGAGCCUCCAAGGCAGAGAGGCCAACACGCUCCAGAGGAUCCUGGUGGAGGUGCUUUCAAACCCCCUGGAUCAUGAAAACGUUGCAGACCUUUGGGCCCCAGAGGAGUCCGGGAGCUUUGAGGAUGCUCCCAUGGAGCACAGCAUCUCCAGCAGCCCCUCAGAAGGAGAGACCUCAUUCCCAUCCACUGCUAUGCUGCUCCUGCUGGCCUGCACUUUUCUCAGCAAGCUUCUAGCAGCCAGUGCCCUCUGGGCUGUGGCCUGGCGAGGGCAGAACAUGGGGACAGCUCCAGCCAGUGGCCCAGAUGGUGGCUACCACUCAGGGCACCUGCUGCAGACCCUGACAGUGUUUUGUAGGGCUGACAGACACAUGAGGGAAGAGGACCUCAGAUAGAAGGAGAAGCCACCCAGCCUAUACAUGUGUCAUUUGGUUACGAAGAUACCUGAUUCUGCUCUGGCAAGGGGCUCCUCUGCCUGCAUCCUGCUCCCCGAGGUCCUGGCAGCAAGGACGUGUGUGUGUGUGUGUGUGUGUGUGUGUGUGUGUGUGUGUGUGACUGUGUGUGGCAGGGGCACAGUGUCUGUCUGGAAGGUGGAAAAACCACCUCCUGGCUUUUGCCGCUUGGAUAUUAAACAUUUUCACAGACACACCCAGGACUCAGCAUGUGAAAAACCAACUGGCCGAUCCAUAACUGCCCC